AUGGCGUCCGCUCUCCACGAAGUCACGCCGUUCUUGGUGAUACUGAUACUGACUGCUACCCUUGGGCCCCUCCAGUUUGGCUUUCACUUGGCUGAGCUCAACGCACCUGAAGAUGUUAUCACCUGCCAAAAGAAAAGCAUUUCGGCGCUUCAGCAGCUGGCCUCCCUUGUUAUUACCAAGAGUAGCUCAUCCGACGAUGUUGUGGACUGUAUUCCCAUGAGCCGUUCCGACUUUGCCGCCAUCUCGGCCGUCUUCACCGUCGGCGGCCUUCUCGGCGCCCUCACAUCCGGCCCUUUUACGUCGGCACGCGGGCGCAAGCUCCCAAUGCAAUUGACGGCCGCCUUUUACUUGCUUGGAUCCAUAGUCGAAACCUCUGCAGGCUCUGUUCCCACCAUGAUCAUUGGCCGUUUUCUCACGGGUGUUGGGGCCGGCGCCAGCACUGUCAUCGUUCCCUUGUACAUCAGUGAAGUGGCACCACCAACACAGAGAGGUUUCUUUGGCGCCUUCACCCAAAUCAGCAUCAACGUCGGUAUUCUGUUCACUCAAACUCUGGGCUUCUUCCUGAGUUAUGGAAGUGCUUGGCGAUGGAUUAUGGGCACCGGCGUUAUCAUUGCUCUUGCUCAAGGUCUUGGUUUGGCUCUUCUCCCCGAAAGCCCAGCUUGGACUGCUAGUGCCAAGGGCGACGUCACCCACGCUCGGCGUGUUCUGCAGCGCAUUCGCGGCAGGGUUAGCAACAUUGACGAGGAAGUGGAAAGUUGGGGCCAAGGGGCCAGCAAGCCAACUAGUGAGGAGGAAGCGCUGCUUGUCAGCAAUGAAAGCACCUCGGCAGACGCCUCUGGACUCUUGACGCCAUCAGCUGGUGCCCAGCACUCCCCUCGGGUACAUCUUGGGUUUCUACAAGUCCUUCGUGAUCCCUUCACCAGGCCCGCCAUCAUUGCGGUUGUAGGCAUCAUGUUCGCCCAGCAACUGUGCGGCAUCAACUCCAUCAUCAUGUACUCCGUUUCGCUGCUCAAGGACCUUCUCCCCAUCAGCUCAGCUUUGCUCACCAUCGUCAUCUCCAUCAUCAACCUCGGCGUUACUAUGGCUGCAUCCCCUCUUCCCGAUCGUUUUGGACGCAAGACCUGCCUGCUGACUUCCAUUAUGGGACAAGGUACUAGCUCUUUAGCCCUGGCUCUUGCGAUCCAUUUCGACGUCAAGAUCUUGUCUGCCAUUGCCGUCUUAUUUUUUGUGGCCUUCUUCGCUGUCGGCCUAGGCCCAGUCCCGUUCAUCAUGGCCUCUGAGCUCGUGGGCCCGGAGGCUGUGGGGGCGACGCAAAGCUGGGCUCUGGGUGCAAGCUACGUGGCUACCUUCCUCGUGGCGUACUUGUUCCCCAUUGUCAACGCCGCGUUGAACGAUGCGUUCGGUGGUGCCGGUUGGGUGUACUUUAUCUUUGCAGGAUUUGCCCUUCUAUGGGCCGCAUUUGUGAGCGGCCGUGUUCCCGAAACUCGCGGGCGGAAGGAUGCAGACGAGGUCUGGGGCCGUACGAGAAGGGUCGACUGA